AAGGCAACAGGGAAGCUGAUAAAGUUACCUCAGCCACUAUCUCCCUUUCAGUUUGUUGUUGCUGUGGCUGGGGCCAUGGGGAUUUUCACAAGGUGGCUACUGGUUUCUUUGUUGGUUGUUGGAGGAUACCAUGCAGUUGUUGCCAGUGAUGAAUCUCCAGCAAAAGACAAGGAGAAAGUUGCAGUUGCUGCGGCCUCUAAAACCUGUUUACACACUGAUGCUGGGGACAGGUCUUUAAGGAGGCCGGGGGAACUUGAUGAUUCGAUGCCAUUGGUAAAUGACACCAGCUGCAACAAUGCCACAGAUGAUGAUCAAUCUGAGGCUGAAACACUGAAGCAAAACCUAACAGAGUCAGACCACCAGCAUCCAACCAAUUUGUCUGACCAACAACCAAUGGAAGACUCUGAUCAAAAGCCAGUACAGCAGCCACGAAACUACUCACCCCAAAUGCUCCCACAGUCUCAUUGCCCAACUACAAAGUCCACCUGUCAACCACAGGUAAUGGAACACCAGCUGUCAAAGUCCCUAUCUCAAUUUUCUGAGUUACUUCAAUGGCUGAAGAAGAUUGGCUAUAGGCCUGAGGAGAAGGAAAAGAAGAAACAGAAGGACAACGACAAGGAGCAACAGGGACAUGGGUACGCAAUAAAGUGGUUCCAGGACCUCCAGCAGCAGUAUGGUCAGCCCCCAAAGUGGUUCCAGGACCUCCAGCAGCAGUAUGGUCAGCCCCCAAAAUGGCUUCAGGAGCUCCAGCAGUAUGGUCAGCCCCCAAAAUGGCUUCAGGAGCUCCAGCAGUAUGGUCAGCCCCCAAAAUGGCUUCAGGACCUCCAGCAGUAUGGUCACCCCCCAAAAUGGCUUCAGGGCUUCCAGCAGUAUGGUCACCUGAUGAAGUGGCCUGUCAAUCCCCAGGAACACGGUAAAAUGCCAAUGUUGCCUCAAAUUCCCAUCCCUCAGCAUCAUGGUCACCAGCCCCAACAGUAUCAGGAUCAUGGUUUCCUGUCACAUCAUGAACCCCCAGCCUAUGGCUUCUGGCUACCAGUGCCAGUGGAGCCCCAGCGGGUGCACGGCUUCCGUCCGCAGGGGCCCGUGGAGCCCCAGCGGGUGCACGGCUUCCGUCCGCAGGGGCCCGUGGAGCCCCAGCGGGUGCACGGCUUCCGUCCGCAGGGGCCCGUGGAGCCCCAGCGGGUGCACGGCUUCCGUCCGCAGGGGCCCGUGGAGCCCCAGCGGGUGCACGGCUUCCGUCCGCAGGGGCCCGUGGAGCCCCAGCGGGUGCACGGCUUCCGUCCGCAGGGGCCCGUGCAGCCCCAGUAUCAGCACAACCCCAUAGUCCCUGUGAAUCUCCAUGAACAUGGGUACAUGCCUAUAGUCCCCAUUGAGCCUCAGAUGCCCCAAGAGCAAGAAAGGUACCAGAGCCACAGAGCAUCACACCAUGUGGCUAGGUGGCCCGAUUAUCUGCCCCAGAAGCCAAAUUAUAUGGUCAUAGCAACCAAAGGCUACCCAAAGAGGCCAAACUACAAACCUAGGCAGCCUAGUAGUCUGCCUCGGGUGGUUUACCGUGUGGCAACGUAACCUCCUUUUGCCAAUCAGAAAACUGGCUGUGUACCGGUUUUCUGGCAGUUCCCACCAAUCCCCUGGAGUCGAUGCCUGAUUUCAAGUCCCGAGGAGUACAGGGUGCAAAUUGGUCAAGUUGCACUGAAACCUUGAGCUUUAGGAGAAAAAUAAAUUUGUUUGAACCCAC